GUUGACUUUAAUGCAACCACAGCGGCGGGUGAUGCGUUGUUUACACCCGCCUGUUGCUUUUAGCUCCAGUUAGCCAACGGUCGAAGAAAGUGAAGAAGAAGAAGAAGAAGAAGAAGAAGAAGAAGAAGAAGAAGAAGAAGAAGAAGAAGAAGAAGAAGAAGAGAAGAAGAGAAGAAGAGAAGAAGAAGAAGAAGAAGAAGAACAAGAAGAAGAACAAGAAGAAGAACAAGAAGAAGAACAAGAACAAGAAGAACAAGAAGAGAACAAGAGAAGAAGAGAAGAACAGAAGAAGAAGAAGAGAACAAGAGAACAAGAGAAGAAGAAGAGAAGAACAGAAGAAGAAGAAGAAGAAGACGUCCGUCGUCCGUCGUCAUGGACAACGUGAACCAGUUCCUGCAGGGCGCGAGGCUCGACGGCCGGACGGCGGCUCUGCUGACGGGUGCGGCGUGCGGGGCCGGAGCUCUGCUGGCGCUCGUGCACCAGGUCUACCGGCACCAGGUGGCGAAGGAGAAGAUGCAGAGAGCCAGGAACCGGAGAGCCGACGGCCUGCAGCGGGCCGAGGAGGCCGUGCUGCAGUACAAGAAGUCGCGUCCAGGGACCGACCCUGCUCUCAUCUUGGCGAUGUCUCUGUCUGAGUUGACAAACAGCCUGCAGGAAGGCUUGCUGAGCCCUGAGGACGUGUUUUACUCUUACAUGGAAAAGACUCUGGAUGUAAACAAAGAUCUGAACUGCUGCACGGGGAUCCUGUUGGAGAGCUUUGACCAGCUGACAUCUGUUGCUUCCAACAAGGAAGGUCUCUUGUAUGGAGUUCCAGUCAGCAUCAAAGAAAACUACUCGUACAAGAAUCAUGACUGUUCUUGCGGCGUCGUCGUUAAUCUGGAGCAGCCUGCCGAGAAGGACAGCGUGAUCGUGGAAGUUCUGAAGAGACAAGGAGCUAUUCCCUUCGUGAAAACCAACCUGCCCCAAGCGCUAUUAAAUUACGACUGCAGUAACCCCAUCUAUGGGCAGAGCCUGAACCCCCACAACCUCCAGAAGACCCCCGGGGGCUCGUCCGGCGGAGAGGGGGCCCUCGUCGGGGGAGGAGGCUCCUUGCUUGGUUUCGGCAGCGACGUGGGGGGUAGCAUCCGUAUUCCGUGCUCAUUCUGUGGGAUCUGCGGCUUAAAGCCGACGCCAGGUCGGCUGAGUUCCCUGGGUAUACAACCUAUUUAUAGAGGACAGAAAUCAGUGCCGUCGUGUCCCGGACCCAUGGCGAGGGAUGUGGACAGUCUGGCUCUGGCUAUGCAGGCGUUGCUCUGUGACCACAUGUUUUCUCUGGACCCCACUGUUCCACCCAUUCCUUUCAAUAAGCAGAUAUACCAGAGCUCCAAACCUCUCAGGAUUGGUUACCUAGAAAGCGACGGCUACACCCAACCGUCUCCUAGCAUGACCCGGGGCAUCAGAGAGGUCAAAGCUCUGUUGGAGCAAGCAGGGCACACUUUGGUGCCCUACAGUCCUCUGAAGAUCAACUACGUUUUACAUGAUCUUCUUAUCAGGGGUAUCCUAGCAGACGGAGGGACCAGCCUGAUUAAGAAACUGGAGGGGGGCCCUCUGGACCCUUGUCUCAGACCUCAGGUUAUACCGUACUAUUUUCCUACAUGGUUGAAGAAAACCCUCUCAUUCCUCCUCAAGCCCCUGUCUCCGCGUGUCUCUGCCAGCUUCCAUUCCAUCUGUGGAGUCGGAUCUGUUCAAAAUCUGUGGAAGCAGCACGCCGCCGUCGAGGACUACAUUCAUGAAACUGUGUCAGAGUGGAGAAGACUCAACAUAGACGUGCUGCUGUGCCCUAUGAUCGGACCAGCCUUCAACUUCGACUACUGCGGCAGGAUUACCAGUGUCCUUUCUUACACCAUACUUUACAAUCUCCUCACCUUUCCCGCCGGCGUCGUUCCCGUUUCCACGGUGACAGCAGAGGAUGAGGAGGAACUGAGGCACUACGAGGGCAUUUUUAAGGACCACUGGGACAAGCUGUUCAAACAGGCUGUCACCGGAGGCGAGGGUCUGCCCGUGGCGGUGCAGUGUAUCGCCCUGCCGUGGCAGGACGAGCUCUGCCUGCGCUUCAUGAAGGAGGUGGAACAACUGGUCAAACAGAGCCGAAAGUAAAGCCUGGGGGCCACAGGUGGGACUGCUCCCUUCAAGGGCUUCAGGAGUAAAUGGCAAUACCUGUUAAGGGCAUUAAAACAAAAUAUAGUGUGAGUUAAAGUUAACACAAAUCAAGAUUGCACUAGAAAAUGGAGUUGCGUAUUUGAAAAUGUUUGUUUUGUUAUGGCCAUAACACAGAUUUGAUACAUUUUGACUGUGAAACUGUUAAAUGUAAUAAUCAUGUUAUUGUUCUUUUAAUUCAUUCAUUAACAAAUUUUAAUUAACAUAUCGGUUCAUUUGUAUUGUACAUUUAACAUAAACUUAGGCAUGAUUAGAUGUGUCGUUAUGUUUGGUGUUUGGACAUAGGAAGGUAUGAAAUAUGCCACGUCCUUGUUGUGUUUUUCCUCCGCUGGCUUUGUUUAAUAUUUCAUGCAAUAUAGCGUGAACGGACACGACAUGCUUUUCGAAGAAUCUCCAUUAGGCAAAAGAGGCACCGCAAGCACGUGCGGAAAAUAGUUUAGGAAAUUAGGAUUUACGUGACUAAAUAAAGUAUUGUCUCCUAAAUCUAUAAUUGUCUCUUUCCAAGAACUGACAGCUUUCUGUGACGCGAUGAACGAGAAUGAAAUAAAGUAAUUGAUUUCUCAGA